CCCUCAAAAUAGAAUAUUCCGAGUAAAUUUAAAUUCUAAAAUGUUUAGUAGCCAGUAUCUAUGUUUAAGAGGUUAAUUCGAGAUGUAAAUCUCGACGGAUUUCAAUUGUUAUCGAGUACAAUUUGUUUUUAAUUCUUGAACGAUAACCUACAAUAAUCGAAUAUUUCUGAAAAGAAGAGGAAGGUAAAUAUUGUGCAACUGAAACUUCAAGGAAAAAUGGCAACAAGAAAAAGACAACACGUCGAGGAACAAGAGAACAUCUUCUUGACCUGUACUGCCUGCAAGAAAGCUGAAAUUGAUUUCGUGAUAAUGGCUUCUUGUGGUUGUAUUUUUUGUUCAACUUGUGUUCAACACGAUCAAGGAACUUGCCAGAUUUGCCAAAUGCCUCUGUCAGCAGUUAGUGUUAAAAUUUUAACAUCAAGACCAUGUAAAUACCGUGAUCGAGGAUGCACCAAUCAUGCUCAGUUUUUGUGCAAAUGUGUUCGCGAUGGCAAAGUUUGUGGACCAUGUUUGGGCGAGCUACACUCUAAGAGAGUUUCAACAACUUGUAUUCCUGAAAAAAUUAGUUUCUCUACAGACAGAAAAGUAAACAUUUGUCAAGAUUGCUGUGAUUUCAUCGCAGAAUAUCAUGUACCAGAGCAAAACAAGAACGUGUGUUUCGAAUGCAAGGAUGAAUACACGAAUCUUGAAAAAUUGACACCUGGGCAAUCAGUUGCUGAGACGGAACAGAUCAUGAAAGAGUUUGCUUUGACCAAAAGGAUCAUGAACUGCAAGAAACAAAAGAUAAUGACAAUUCUUAAGCAACGGGAAAAUACAAUGACUGAAGAAGCUAUCAAGGUACAAGAAGCAACCGAAAGAAUCAAUAAAGAUUUUUCAGAAUAUAAAGCAAACUUUCAGCGGGAAAACGAAGAGUACAAGAAACAAGAAGAAACGCUGACAAAGAUUGAAGCAAAGUUCACGAAAAAUGGUUCAAUAUCUAAAGUUUUAAAAGCUCUCCGUGCUAAUGCCGCUUACAUACAAGCUUCAAAUUUUGAGUUAAAUAAUCUUUUGGAUUUUUUAAGAAAUGUGAAUAUUCUCUCGGUACCGGUUAAAAGGGCAAAAUUCACAUUUUCAAGUAGUGAAAACUUGUAUCAAAUUAUGAAUUACAGCUUGGAAAGUCCACUCGAUGAAAAAAAUGAAACUUGCAUCGAGCAUAAUACACAGAGUCAAACAUUUAAUCUUGAAGCAUCGAUUCCAACAGAAAGUCAACCAAGUAAUCUUGAAACAUCGACAUUACCAGGAUUGCAAGAAUCGCAAUCUGCUCAGGAUUCAUUCGGAAUUGACCGCAGACUUGAAUCAGCUACAGCUGAAGGUUUUGCUGUUAAAAAGUCUUUCGAUGGCAAUGAUCAAGAUGAAAAGGUACAAGUAACACGUGUUGUCAGUCCAUUUUAUAUCUGUAUGGAAAUUCCUGAGCUUGUAGAGACAAGAAUCAGAAUUCUACAGACUCUUAAAGAACAUAGACGUGAAUGGAAGCAAUUAAAAAACUUCGAUUAUGGGGAUAUUGCUAUUGUACGAGAUGGUUAUGGAACAAGUGCUUGCUUGAAACGUGGUAAGAUAAAAUAUAGCGCGCGACCUACAGGUACUGUUCGAGUAUUUUUAUUGGACUAUGGGUUUGAUAUCAUGGUUAAGAUUUCUGAUGUUGGUGAAAUACCAGGGCUUGAUCUUGUUCAUCAUGAACAAACAUGUUUCAUCGGCAAGCUCAUGGAUAUAAAACCACCAAGCAAUUUUAUUUUUCCAGUUGGGGUUGGAAAAUGUCACACAGCUUUUCUCAAUUCAUUAAUCAAAAAACAUGGAGCUAGAGUCACUGUUACUCGGAAAUUUACAGAUGAAGAGUUUGUUUUUUGCAAGAUAAGUCAGAAAAUUGAUGGAAUAGAUGAAGACUGGUCUCAACUGUUGAUACAACAUAACUUUGCACUUGAAUAUCAUGACAAUUCUGGUUGUUUUGUUCCAUCCAAGGAUUACUGUUAUCGUUUUCAUGGCUUAAAUGAUUGUAUAUCUUGUUAUCGCGUCCAUGAAUGCCCUUCAUGUGGCGAAUUACACUCACUCAUCCAUUGUCCAAAAUUCUCUUUGGUUAACCAAAGAGUUGCCAAUGAGAGACUUAAUUUAAAUUUGACUAAAUUUUCAACUAAAAUGUUCACAAUAAGGUAGCAGCACUAGUAUUAAAUAUAAAGUAUUUUACUGUGUUGCAUUAAGCACAAAUCCUUUUCCCAAGAAUUACUAAUUCACUAUUUCGUUUCAAGAAAAAACAACGAAUUAUCAGUAGUUAUUGUGAAUAAGCCAGAACUAAUCAGAGUCCUUAAUGUUGUGUAUCACAGUGUAUAAAAUUUAUGAAGAAAAAUAUGAGUGAAAUGUUUAAGUAAAACAAUUGAUUUUCACCGUUUCUUGGCUAUUUUACUGAUU